AUGGCAGUGGUCGGCGCGAUUGGGUUGGGUGGACGCUGGUUGAAUUCUGUGGGGGAGGGGAGUGGGGUCAGCUACGUAGGGAAGAAAAAGAAGAAAAUCAAAAUGUUGACUCUAGGUCAACUAAUGGAUUUACUAACGGUUUCCAUCCAUUUGGACUGCAAGUGCGAAUUUUUUGAAGGUUUGGUACCUCCGGUGGCACAAACGAAAGUAUUCAUCAAAGAAAAAAAAGCAGAAGAAAAAAUGGCCUAUGCCAAGAAAAUUUUCAGGCCUGGGUUUUUCAUGCCUGUUCUUUUGCUGAUGCAUUUUACUGCACCGGCUUCUGCUGUGACAAAUGAAAAAGACCGGCAAGCUUUGCUCGACAUCAAACAUCUGAUAACGCAAGAUCCUUUCCAGGUUCUUAAUUCAUGGAAUAAUUCCGUCCAUUUUUGCAGUUGGCCUGGAGUUGCAUGCAGUAAUCUCCAUCAGAGAGUUACUGUCUUGAAUAUUUCCUCCCUUAAAUUGGUUGGUCCGCUUUCUCCUUCUGUUGGAAAUCUUUCAUUCCUCCAUAAUCUCAGUAUCCAGGAUAACAACUUCCAUGGCGAAAUUCCCCAAGAAAUAGGCAAACUAUUUCGCCUCCGAUAUUUUAGUUCUGCAAACAACUCAUUUGAGGGAGAAUUUCCAAUUAAUCUCACUCGUUGCAUCGAGCUUCAAUUCAUUGAUUUACGGGGAAACAGCCUCAGUGGGAGAAUUCCCGAUGAGCUGAGCACUUUAUCCAGACUUCGUGUGCUGAAACUUCCUCGUAAUAAUUUCUCUGGAAAAAUUCCCCCCUCCUUGGGAAACCUUUCCUCCCUUAAAUUCCUUGCCCUGAACAAGAACAGUCUAGAGGGAAAUGUCCCUAUUGAGCUUGGCAAGCUCUCCAAGUUAUAUUACCUCGCGUUGUCCUCGAAUACUCUUUCUGGCAUAUUUCCUUCUGAAAUCUUCAACAUCUCCUCUCUCCAAACCCUUUCUCUCACGAACAAUACAUUAAGUGGACACUUUCCUGCCAAUUUGGGAGUAACUCUUCCGAAACUUACCAUGAUUUUGGCUGGCAUAAACCAGUUCUCUGGAUCAAUUCCAGCUUCUCUUGCCAAUGCUUCAGGGCUAAUAAAUAUCAGCUUUGGAAAUAAUUCCCUUACAGGGCCGAUACCAAGAAGUUUGGGAAGCCUUCAAGAACUCCGGCGUUUGCAUCUUGGCCAUAAUCCACUUGGAACCGACAUUAGUUUUAUCACCUCCUUGAGUAAUUGCACCAGUCUGCAAUUACUGGGUUUAUCCUCCACUCAAAUUGGGGGUGUUUUACCCAAUUCCGUUGUCAAUCUUUCGGCCACACUUGAAUAUUUAUGGUUGAAUAACAACUACAUCUCUGGAAGCGUGCCAGAAGGGAUUGAUAACUAUCUAAACUUAGUCUUCCUCCAUUUAAGUACGAACAGUCUCACCAGCAAUCUUCCUAAUUCCAUUGGACAACUCACAAACUUGCAAGAGGUCCUUCUUUACGAAACUAAAUUCUCUGGUAAAAUACCACCCUCCUUUGGAAACAUUACUAAUUUACAAAUCCUGAUACUAGAAGACAAUUUGUUGGAUGGCAGCAUACCUGUUUCCCUGGGAAACUGCAGCAACUUGCAAGAACUUCAUCUGGCAAAGAAUCAACUAACCGGAUUUUUACCCAGAGAAGUAAUUCUUUCUUCCCUCACAAUUGGCCUCAUCUUAGCUGAAAACCAGCUAGCUGGAUCAUUACCAUCAGAAAUGGGCAACUUGAAAAGUCUCGUAACACUAAAUAUUGGAGAGAAUAAAUUCUCUGGUGGAAUCCCGGACUCUCUUGGCGAUUGUCUCAUGUUGGAAGAGCUAAAUAUGGAAGGUAACAGUUUUGUGGGAACUAUUCCUUCAUCCUUAGGAAAUUUGAAAAGCACCCAAAUCAUUAAUCUAUCUCGCAACAAUUUAUCUGGGAUAAUACCAGCUUCUUUAAGAAAUCUAAGUUUGAUGGAGAAACUAAAUCUUUCUUUCAAUAUGCUUGAAGGCGAAGUUCCCACGGGAGGAGUAUUUAACAAUCUCAAAAAAUUUUCAGUCCUUGGAAAUCAGAAACUCUGCGGAGGGAUUAAGUCCUUAAAUUUAUCGGUAUGUCCCAGUGUCCCCAAGAAACAGGGGCAGCAUUCUGUUCAAGUGGUGAUAAUUCUAGCAAUCACUGUUCCUCUGUUUAUCAUAUUGCUUAUAGCAAGCAUUUAUGCAAAAUGGCCAGUAAAAAGCUCCAAACAUCCAUUGCAUGCAAACUCUACAGAUGAAAAUCCAUAUCCAAGAAUUUCUUAUAGAGAAGUUUUCCAAUCUACCGGUGGUUUCUCUGUGGAAAACUUGAUCGGUGAGGGAAGAUAUGGCUGUGUUUAUAAAGGGGUUCUCAGCCCAGGAGAGCAAAAUGUUGCUGUUAAGGUGCUGAAGCUCCAGGAAAGGGGUGCCAACAAGAGUUUCUUGGCAGAAUGCGAGGCUAUAAGGAACCUUCGCCAUAGGAAUCUUGUCAAGAUCAUCACUACUUGCUCAAGCAUAGAUUUAGAAGGCAAUGAUUUCAAAGCUUUGGUUUAUGAGUUCAUGCCAAAGGGAAGUUUGGAGACAUGGUUGCAUCGAGUUUCACCUGAACAUGAUGACCUAAAGAAGCUGAACGUACAUUUAAGGCUUAAUAUUGCAAUUGAUGUUGCCUUGGCUUUGGACUACCAGCACCAUCAUAGUAAAACACCGUUAAUCCACUGUGAUCUCAAGCCCAGCAACAUUCUUCUUGAUGAUGAUCUUUGUGCUCACCUAAGUGAUUUUGGCUUAGCGAAGUUUCUUUCAACCCCCGAGAGUACAUCUAAUGGCAGUUCAAUUGGAUUUGGAGGAACAAUUGGCUAUAUUGCUCCAGAAUAUGGCAUGGGAGGAAGCGUGUCAACACAAGGUGAUAUGUAUAGCUUCGGGAUCGUCCUGCUCGAGCUCUUUACUGGAAAGAGACCUACCAACAGCGUGUUCACCGAAAAUUUCAGUCUCCACUACUAUGUAAAGACAUCCCUUCCUAAUCUAGUGAUGGAAAUUGUUGAUCCAGAUAUGUUAAUGACAGAGGAAAAUGGACAAAAUAUGACAGAUCAAGCGAGUGAUGGCAGCAAAAUGAGGAUAGCGGAGUUCUUGGUGCGUGUCCUUCGAAUGGGAGUUGUAUGUUCUUCUGAGCUGCCAGACGAAAGAAUGGACAGUAGAGAUGUUAUCAGGGAACUGCAAGCAAUCAAGGAAACAUUUCAAGAAACAAAAGAGAAGAGAAUGAGAAGAAGGUAUGAGAAUAUAGCGUGAUCACUUGUUGAGACAACAUUUGUAAUUCAAGUAGUAAGUUCCAUUAUUCAUCUCAAGAAUAAGUGAAAUAACAAAAAGGGCAUUGCUACAUGUA